CUUUGACACCGGAAGCGGAAACACCAGCGGCUUGUUGUGCGCUCGUGUUAGCCUCUUCUUUUGUAACGUAUGAGAGACGCACUUUGAAGAAACUCGGACGUUUGAAAAACAAGCUGAUGCUACACUUACAAACUCUGCGCCGAUGUAUCCAGAGUGUAAAUAAAGAGGCAGAGUAAAGUGAACUCUGUGUCUGUUUUAAAUCUGUUUGCUGGUUCACGUUAAUACAAAGUGCGCUGAGAGCUAAUUCUGCACUAGCACCAUGGCGGACGUGACUGCUCGUAGUCUGCAGUACGAGUACAAAGCGAACUCUAACUUGGUGUUACAAGCUGAUCGCUCUCUGAUCGACCGCACCCGGAGAGAUGAGCCCACCGGAGAGGUUUUGUCCCUUGUGGGGAAGCUGGAGGGGACCAAGAUGGGAGAUAAAGCUCAGAGGACCAAACCUCAGAAACUGGAGGAGAGACGAGACAAGAGGCGAAAAAGAGAUGAAGACAGACAUGACAUCAACAAAAUGAAAGGCUUUACUCUCCUGUCCGAGGGCAUUGAUGAGAUGGUGGGCAUCGUGUACAAGCCUAAAACCAAAGAAACCAGAGAGACCUACGAGGUGUUGCUCAGUUUCAUCCAUGCUGCUUUGGGAGAUCAGCCACGUGACAUUCUGUGUGGAGCAGCUGAUGAAGUCUUAGCAGUGCUGAAGAAUGAUAAAAUGAGGGAUAAGGAAAGGCGGCGUGAAGUAGAGCAGCUCCUGGGACCCGCUGAUGACACUCGUUACCAUGUGUUGGUGAAUCUGGGCAAAAAAAUAACAGACUAUGGUGGAGACAAGGAAUUACAGAACAUGGAUGAUAACAUCGAUGAAACGUACGGUGUGAACGUGCAGUUUGAAUCCGAUGAGGAGGAGGGAGAUGAAGACCAGUUUGGUGAGGUACGAGAUGAACACUCAGAUGAAGACAGUGAGGGAGAAGAGGCAGAUGUUGGCUGCGCUCUUUCAGCAAAUCUUGGGGCAACGGGGGAUGUGAUGACGGUGAAGAAAAAAGAUCUACAUCCUCGAGACAUCGAUGCUUUCUGGCUCCAGCGUCAGCUAAGUCGCUUCUAUGACGACGCCAUCGUCUCUCAAAAGAAAGCCGACGAAGUCUUGGAAAUCCUUAAGACGGCCAGCGAUGACAGAGAAUGUGAGAACCAGCUGGUGUUACUGCUCGGCUUCAACACCUUUGACUUCAUCAAAAUCCUCCGUCAGCACCGUCGAAUGAUUCAGUAUUGUACCAUGCUGGCGAGUGCUCAGAGUGAGGCUGAAAAGGAGCGGAUCAUCGGGAAGAUGGAGUCCGAUCAGGAACUGUCAAAGAUUCUUUACCAGCUGCAGGAGACGGAGAAGGAGGACAUUAUCCGGGAGGAGCGAUCUCGCAGGGAGAGGGUGAGGAAGUCCCGUGUUGAUGACAUGGAAGCGAUGGACAUUGAACACGGAGAGUCAAUGGGCCCAAGACAGCUGCUGGACCUCGAGGACCUUACCUUCACACAGGGGAGUCAUUUCAUGGCCAACAAGCGUUGCCAGCUGCCAGACGGCUCAUUUCGCAAACAGCGCAAAGGUUAUGAGGAGGUUCAUGUGCCUGCAUUGAAACCAAAGCCCUUUGCUGAUGAUGAGGUGCUUGUUGCCAUAGAGAAGUUGCCAAAGUACGCACAGGCUGGAUUUGAAGGGUUCAAGACACUGAACCGCAUUCAGAGCAAGCUGUUCAAGACCACCAUGGACACAGAUGAGAACCUGCUUGUGUGCGCGCCUACAGGAGCUGGUAAGACCAAUGUUGCGUUGAUGGCGAUGCUGAGAGAAAUUGGAAAGCACAUUAACAUGGAUGGAACCAUCAACGUGGACGACUUCAAGAUCAUCUACAUCGCUCCCAUGCGCUCACUGGUGCAGGAGAUGGUUGGAAGUUUUAGUAAGCGCUUGGCAAGUUACGGCAUCACAGUGUCUGAGCUCACAGGAGACCACCAGCUCUGCAAAGAGGAGAUAAACGCCACACAAAUCAUUGUGUGCACGCCUGAGAAAUGGGACAUCAUCACACGUAAAGGUGGAGAGCGUACCUACACCCAGCUUGUGCGACUCAUCAUCAUUGAUGAAAUCCAUCUGCUGCACGAUGACCGUGGACCUGUGUUGGAGUCUCUGGUCGCGAGGACCAUCCGCAACGUGGAGCUGACCCAGGAAGAUGUGCGUCUGCUCGGCCUCAGUGCCACUCUGCCCAAUUAUGAGGAUGUGGCAACAUGUCUGCGUGUAGAUCCUGCAAAGGGGCUCUUCUACUUUGACAACAGUUUCCGCCCUGUCCCCCUGGAGCAGACUUAUGUUGGCAUCACAGAGAAGAAGGCCAUCAAGCGUUUCCAGAUCAUGAAUGAGAUUGUUUAUGAAAAGAUUAUGGAGCAUGCUGGAAAGAACCAGGUGCUGGUAUUCGUUCACUCCAGGAAGGAGACUGGAAAGACAGCUAGGGCCAUAAGAGACAUGUGUUUGGAGAAGGACACUCUGGGUCUUUUCCUCAGAGAGGGUUCAGCUUCCACUGAAGUGUUGAGAACGGAGGCGGAGCAGUGCAAGAACCUGGAGCUGAAGGAUCUUCUACCUUAUGGUUUCGCAAUCCACCAUGCUGGUAUGACCAGAGUGGACCGUACGCUGGUAGAGGAUCUGUUUGCAGAUCGACAUAUCCAGGUUCUGGUGUCCACAGCUACUCUGGCCUGGGGUGUGAACUUGCCUGCACAUACUGUCAUCAUCAAAGGCACUCAGGUGUACAGCCCAGAGAAGGGGAGAUGGACUGAACUCGGGGCUCUGGACAUUUUACAGAUGCUUGGUCGAGCCGGGCGUCCUCAGUAUGACACCAAGGGAGAAGGAAUCCUGAUCACAUCCCAUGGAGAGCUGCAGUACUAUCUGUCGCUGCUCAACCAGCAGCUGCCCAUAGAGAGUCAGAUGGUGGGAAAGCUGCCCGACAUGCUCAAUGCAGAGAUAGUUCUAGGCAACGUGCAGACAGUAAAGGAUGCUGUGAACUGGCUUGGCUACACAUACUUGUACGUGCGCAUGCUUCGUAACCCCACUCUGUACGGUGUCUCCCACGACGACCGGAGUAUAGACCCCCUGCUGGAGAGACGCAGGACGGACCUGAUACACACAGCAGCCAAUGUCCUCGACAAGAACAGCCUCGUCAAGUAUGACAAGAGGACCGGCAGCUUCCAGGUUACAGACCUGGGACGCAUCGCCAGUCAUUUCUACAUCACCCAUGACUCCAUUCAAACUUAUAACCAGCUGCUGAAGCCCACUCUCAGUGAGAUCGAGCUCUUCAGAGUCUUCUCUCUCUCCUCCGAGUUCAGAAACAUCACAGUGAGAGAGGAAGAGAAGCUUGAGCUGCAGAAGCUGCUGGAAAGAGUUCCUAUUCCUGUGAAGGAAAGCAUUGAGGAGCCCAGCGCCAAGAUCAACGUGCUGCUUCAGGCGUACAUCUCUCAACUCAAACUGGAAGGCUUUGCUCUCAUGGCCGAUAUGGUCUACGUGACACAGAGUGCUGGAAGGUUGAUGCGAGCCAUUUUUGAGAUCGUGCUCAACAGAGGCUGGGCCCAGCUGACAGACAAGACCAUGAAUCUUUGCAAAAUGAUCGACAAGAGAAUGUGGCAGUCCAUGUCUCCACUGCGACAGUUCAAGAAGCUGCCUGAAGAAGUCAUCAAGAAGAUCGAGAAGAAGAACUUCCCCUUCGAGCGUCUCUAUGACCUCAACCACAAUGAGAUUGGUGAGCUGAUCAGAAUGCCUAAAAUGGGGAAGACUAUCCACAAAUACGUCCACCAGUUCCCCAAACUGGACCUGGCUGUUCAUCUGCAGCCCAUCACCCGCUCCACACUGAAGGUGGAGCUUACCAUCACACCUGACUUCCAGUGGGAUGACAAGAUUCAUGCGUCAUCUGAAGCUUUCUGGAUCCUGGUCGAGGAUGUGGACAGUGAGGUCAUCCUGCACCACGAGUACUUCCUGCUCAAAGCAAAGUACGCCCAAGAUGAACACCUGGUGACUUUCUUUGUCCCAGUGUUCGAGCCUCUGCCGCCGCAGUACUUCAUCCGUGUGGUCUCAGACCGAUGGCUCUCCUGCGAGACUCAGCUCCCAGUGUCCUUCCGGCACCUCAUCCUACCAGAGAAGUACCCCCCACCUACAGAGUUGCUGGAUCUGCAGCCACUGCCUGUCACUGCUCUCAGGAACUCUGCCUUUGAGGCUCUCUACCAGAACAAGUUCCCCUUUUUCAAUCCCAUCCAGACACAAGUGUUCAACGCAGUGUACAACAGCGAUGACAAUGUGUUUGUGGGAGCCCCCACUGGCAGUGGUAAGACCAUCUGUGCUGAGUUUGCCAUUCUGAGGAUGCUCCUGCACAACGCAGAGGGUCGCUGUGUCUACAUCACCCCAAUGGAAGCUCUAGCUGAACAGGUGUUUGUCGACUGGCAUCAGAAGUUCCAGGACAUCCUGAACAAGAAGGUAGUGCUGCUGACUGGAGAAACAAGCACAGAUCUGAAGCUCUUGGGAAAAGGUGACAUCAUUGUCAGCACCCCAGACAAAUGGGACAUCCUGUCUCGUCGCUGGAAACAGAGGAAGAAUGUGCAGAACGUCAGCCUUUUCAUCGUGGACGAGGCACACCUUAUCGGAGGGGACAACGGGCCUGUGUUGGAGGUCAUCUGCUCCAGGAUGAGGUACAUUUCCUCCCAGAUUGAGCGUCCCAUCCGCAUUGUGGCCCUCAGCUCAUCCCUGUCCAACGCCAAAGACGUGGCUCACUGGCUGGGCUGCAGCACCACGGCCACGUUCAACUUCCACCCCAACGUCAGACCUGUUCCUCUGGAGCUCCACAUCCAGGGCUUCAAUGUGAGUCACACUCAAACUCGCCUCCUGUCCAUGGCUAAGCCAGUGUAUCACGCCAUCAUGAAGCACUCUCCCUCCAAGCCGGCUGUGGUGUUCGUCCCAUCCCGCAGACAGACUCGCCUCACAGCCAUCGACAUCCUCACGUUCUGUGCUGCCGACGUGGUCCCUCAGAGGUUCCUGCAUUGCACAGAGAAAGACCUCACUCCAUUCCUGGACAAAAUCAAUGACUCGACUCUGAAAGAAACUCUGGCCAAUGGCGUGGGCUACCUGCAUGAAGGUCUUUCAGCAACCGAGCGAAGAAUCGUGGAGCAGCUAUUCAACUCAGGUGCUGUUCAGGUGGUGGUGUCCUCUCGUUCACUCUGCUGGGGCAUCAACAUCUCUGCACACCUCGUCAUCGUCAUGGACACACAGUACUACAACGGAAAAAUCCAUGCAUAUGUGGAUUAUCCCAUAUACGACGUCCUCCAAAUGGUGGGCAAAGCCAACAGACCUAUGCUGGAUGAUGAGGGACGCUGCGUCAUCAUGUGUCAGGGCUCCAAGAAGGACUUCUUCAAGAAGUUCCUAUACGAGCCUCUGCCGGUGGAGUCCCACUUGGAUCACUGCCUCCAUGACCACUUCAAUGCUGAAAUUGUCACCAAGACUGUAGAGAACAAGCAAGAUGCUGUGGACUACUUGACAUGGACGUUCCUCUACCGCCGCAUGACCCAGAACCCAAACUACUACAACCUGCAGGGCAUGUCCCAUCGUCACCUGUCAGACCACCUAUCUGAGCUGGUGGAACACACGCUACACGACCUGGAGCAGUCCAAGUGCAUCAGCAUAGAGGACGAGAUGGAUGUAGCACCGCUUAACUUGGGCAUGAUCGCUGCCUACUAUUACAUCAACUACACCACCAUCGAGUUGUUCAGCAUGUCCCUGAAUGCAAAGACAAAGAUCCGUGGGCUGAUUGAGAUCAUCUCCAAUGCUGCUGAGUACAAGAACAUUCCCAUCAGACAUCAUGAGGACACACUACUCAGACAGCUGGCACAGAAGGUUCCCCACAAACUGAACAACCCCAAGUUCAACGAUCCACACGUAAAGACAAACCUGCUGCUGCAGGCUCAUCUCUCCAGAAUGCAGCUGAGUGCUGAGCUACAGUCAGACACUGAGGAGAUCCUGAGCAAGGCGGUGCGUCUCAUCCAGGCCUGUGUUGAUGUGCUGUCCAGUAACGGCUGGUUGAGUCCUGCACUUGCAGCCAUGGAGUUGGCUCAGAUGGUCACUCAAGCCAUGUGGUCCAAGGACUCUUACCUCAAACAGCUGCCCUUCUUCACCUCCGAGCACAUCAAGCGCUGCACAGACAAGGGUGUGGAGAGUAUCUUUGAUAUCAUGGAGAUGGAGGAUGAAGACAGAACCGGGUUGCUGCAGCUCUCAGAUGUUCAGAUGGCCGAUGUGGCUCGCUUCUGUAACCGCUAUCCCAACAUCGAGCUGUCAUAUGAAGUGGCAGAAAAAGAAAAUGUCAAGAGUGGCAGUCCAGUUCUGGUCCAGGUUCAGCUGGAGAGAGAGGAGGAAGUGACUGGGCCUGUCAUCGCACCUCUCUUCCCUCAGAAACGUGAGGAAGGUUGGUGGGUGGUGAUCGGAGACCCCAAAUCAAACAGUCUCAUCUCCAUCAAGAGGCUGACUCUGCAGCAGAAGGCAAAGGUCAAGCUGGACUUUGUUGCACCAGCGAUGGGCGUACACAACUACACCCUGUACUUCAUGAGCGAUGCUUACAUGGGCUGUGAUCAGGAGUACAAGUUCAGCAUCGAUGUAAAGGAGGCUGACAGCGAAGGAGACAGUGACUCAGAUUAAAGAGUAACAUGAUUUUUGUUGACUCAAGUCAUUUGAUUUUUUUUCCCAACUGUAGAUAUUCAGCCUGAUUCCAGUCUGUAAGCAUGUCAUUAUCAUCUCGUCUUUGUCUUUUUAUUCAGUGGAGUUUUGUCUCGGUUUUAAUCCCAAGCCGAGAUUUAUAGUGUACAGGAUCUGUUUACAGUUCAUUAAUCAGACAUGUAUCUCAGGCACGACAUACUCUCCUCACUGGUGUCAUGAAUAGUUGACAUCAAAGCUCCAGUCCACGUUAGGCUUGUACUAAGUAGAUAAAACUUUGUAUUUUCAGAUCAACUGUCAGUUUUCUGUACAAAGAAGGUGGAUAAACCAUUAAAGCUGAAAAAAAUGCUCUUAUUCCAGAUUGGGUCUUUCAGUACUGAAGAUAACUGUCCAGUCAUAAUACUUGAACUGUUAAGUUUUGAAUUUAAUCUUGGACUGGUUAAAAUGUUUUUAUUAUGAUGUGCUGUCUUGAAUAUUUUUCACAAUAAAAAGCCACAUAAUUCUUUA